AUAAGAAUUGAUUUAUAUUCAUUGAUAAAUUUUGACAUAUCAAACUGAUCUAAAUUGAGAUUCAAGUCACUUCCUUCAAUUUCGUAAGUGAAAGUGAUCCGGAUUACUUACCGAACAUUCAGAUUAUAGUCGUAUUAACCAGAUUGUAGUUUCCGAAAUGCCAUUAUUAUUAUGAAUACAAGUCUAGACGUAAAGAAAUGGAACAAAGGGUUGUAAAGAAAGAAAUAGUUAUUAACAAUGAUUGUCUUUGGAAUGGAGUUGUAAAACAAGAAUUUAUUGAAGAUGUAGAUGUAAAAUGGAAUAUAACACAUCCAAGUAAACAAGUUUCUGAUAGAUUUCGAAUAAAUAAAAAAUUCAUGAUUCCAGUUAAAACAAAAAAUGACGUUUUUCAUAAACAAAAUAAAUUUAAAUGUUUGAAUGUUAUAUGGAAAAAGACAGAAUCGUUAAGAAAUGGGAAAUGUAUUGAAGAAAAUACUAUGGAAGGGAUUAUAAUAUGUGUUUAUUGUGGAAAUUUAUACACAAAGCGAGUCGAAUUUUUAUGUCAUUUUUCAAGGAAUCAUUGUAUAAAAAGAAAGACUGAAUUCAUUCAUAAAAGUGAUUCUGGAAAUGAUAUUGAUGUUUUGGAAAGUGAUUUAAAAGAUGAAAUUGAAGUUGUUAAACAUGAAUUAGCAAUAGAGCUACAAGAAGACGAUUUUAGGACAUGUAUAGAUGAAGAAUUGAUUUCAAAAUUCAAUAUGUAAAAAAAAUUCGUCAGUUGGUAAAUCAUUUCAUAGUUGGCAGUCAACGUGUUUAUGCAUUCGUUUUUCCAAAACUGGAAUAUGCCUCUCUUAUAUGGGAUCCAAGCUACCAACAAAAUAAUUAACAUUCACAGUUAAACUUAUUUUGGAUCAAGUUUUCGGAAAUUAUACAAGUUUGAAUUCCGGUUAUUUAAAACAGAAAGCGAUAGUUUUGAGAUAGUUAAGGGUAUCUUCUUUUUGCAUUCAUCAGAAGCCAUUUCUUAGCAAUAUAAUAGCCAUAAAAUAGUUUAAGUAUUUCUCAAAUUAUUCUCUUAGUUUCAAGAAUCUAACUGAUAUCUUGUUCCUCU